AGGUGAUUGCUUUCUAGCCGGAACAGCAGCUUGUGCGACCUCAGCAGCUUCUCCUUCCUCUGUAGCCGAUUCGACCAUGUUUCCGGCUCCCUAUCCACCCGCCGGCUACCGACACUUUGGCCAGCCGUCGACCAUGGUCGCCGCUGGCGGUGCCGCUUGUGAAGCUGAUUACAGCUUCGCGGAUGGGUACUCCUUUGGCCAACCAAACCGCCAGCUGGCGGCAGAGACGAUAGAAGUGGAAGCGCCGCCGCCAAGAUUCGCUAGCGAGCUGCUCCAGCUCGGUGCGCUGUGCUACCGAGAUGGGACCGCCUGCGGCGUCGGGGAAUUUGUGGGUCCGGCUGAUGUGGCGAAGGAUCAUCCGAAGCAGGACGACGGCUUCCUGUUCUGCGAACUAGAGCAGGCGGUGUCGCAGGUGAUCAGUGGAGACACGGCCGCAGUGGCAAUGGAGGAUUGUUCCUCCUCCAAAGAUAAAGUAGGCCUCCGGCUGUCGCCGGAAGAGAGGAAGGAGAAGAUCCACAGAUACAUGGAGAAGAGGAACAAGAGAAACUUCACCAAAACGAUCAAGUAUGCUUGUAGGAAAACAUUAGCAGAUACGCGACCGAGAGUCCGAGGGCGAUUCGCAAAGCUUGAUGAGCGAGGAGAGGAAACGAAGAGCAGCAUAAGCAACCAUGACUUUCACAAAGUGGCGGUAAAGGAAGAAGAGAUGCUUGACUCGGACAUUCUUGAACUCAUCAGCGGCGUUAACUCCUUUGCGUAUAAUUGGGCGCUUGAAUCUUGGAUAUGAGCGAGCACAUGAAUGAUCAAAGAACUUUGGGUCCUUUUGCUCUCUUUUGUGGAUGUCGACCAUGAGGCAUCCAAUAAAAUGAAUGGAAUGUAAAAUGAUAUUUGGACACUAAAAGUUAUUUUUUGUUGUCCAACUGAGGGGAUUGGAUCAACCAUGUUCAAUAUGUAACCGGGUCGAAUAAAUGAACCUUGUCAUCCCAUUUGAAUGGACAAAUCAACUUGAUUAGGGAGUUGAUUAGCCCCACAAA